GCUUUCUUCGUGCUCAGGCAGGGAGGAGGGAGGGCUUCCCUUUGUUGUAGGUUUACUAAAAAACAAAACAGCAACAGACCGUACAAUUUGAAAGAAAAUGCCCCGUGUUUAUAUUGGCAGAUUGAGCUAUCAUGUGCGGGAGAAGGAUAUCCAAAGGUUCUUCAGCGGCUACGGCAAGUUGCUGGAGAUCGACCUGAAAAACGGGUAUGGUUUUGUGGAGUUUGAAGACACCCGUGAUGCUGACGAUGCCGUGUACGAGCUGAACGGCAAGGAGCUGUGCGGGGAGCGUGUGAUCGUUGAGCAUGCCCGCGGACCUCGCAGGGACCGAGAUGGAUACGGAGGCGGAGGAGGUUAUGGUGGACGCAGUGGUGGUGGCGGCGGAGGCAGUGGAGGCGGCUACAGCAGAAGCCGUGUUGGCAGGGAUAAGUAUGGGCCUCCUGUCCGCACAGAAUACCGUCUGGUGGUGGAGAACCUCUCCAGUCGCUGCAGCUGGCAAGACCUCAAGGAUUUCAUGCGGCAGGCUGGGGAGGUCACGUAUGCUGACGCUCACAAGGAGCGCACCAAUGAAGGGGUUAUUGAGUUCCGCUCCCACUCGGACAUGAAGAGGGCGAUGGAGAAGCUGGACGGCACAGACAUCAAUGGUCGGAAGAUCCGUCUGGUGGAGGACAAGCCACGCCGUCGACGCUCCUACUCUGGAAGCCGCUCCAGGUCCCGCAGCAGGCGCCGUUCUCGUAGCAGGAGCCGCAGAAGCAGCCGAUCCCGCAGCAACUCAAGGUCACGUUCCCGAUCCCGCUCAAGAAGCAAACGGCGUUCUAGGUCAGGGAACAGGAAAUCUCGUUCUAGGUCAGCCAGGAAGUCCCGUUCUAAAUCCCCUGCCAGGAGGUCGCGCUCUAGAUCCCGCACCAGGAAGUCUCGUUCCAGGUCCCGCACCAGGAAGUCCCGUUCCCGCUCUCCCAGCAGGAAGUCCAGGUCGAGAUCAAACCGGAAGUCCCGCUCCAAGAGCGUGUCAAAGCCCAAGUCAGCCCGGGACUCCCGCAGCCCCUCUGAAGAGAAGUCUGAGAUUAAGAAGUCCCGCAGUCGAUCUUGCUCCCCUGUGGAGAAUGGGAAAGGGGACCAGCCCAAAUCUGCCUCCCCCUCAACCUCACCCAAGCCAGAUGAUCGUUGCUCCAAGUCUCCCCCAUCCAAGCGAUCAGCAUCCCGUUCCCCUUCACGCUCAAAGUCCCGUUCCCGGUCUGGCUCCAGAGAUUAGCAGCUAGCAGAAUUGCCUGUACCUGUGUUUCUCUCACUCUGGGGGGGUUUAUUCCAGUAACUGGGGAUGAUUUUUUGUUACCUGUUUACACUGAUCUGCAGAUUUAAGUGCUUGUUUGUUUGGUUGACUUGUAUGGCUUCCUGGCACUUGGCUUAAAGGCUGCUGUUUUACUACAUAUAAGAUUACUUAAAUGAAAUUUAUGAAUUGUAUGUGACUUGAUGAAACAAAUGUGGGUUACUUUGGGCUGCAAAGAAGUGUAUACCUAAUGGAUUUAAGUCCUGGUUUUCUUUUGACCUUUUGUUUGAGAGUGAGAUGCUAUUUAACCUUUUGUCCAGAUUACUCUGGCUUCUCCCUCAUUUUUUAGUUUGUUCUGUUUUUGGUCCAUUGCCAGGUGGAUGGUACCACUAGCAGAUUUGGGCUUUGUAUCUGUGCUGAUAUUCUGCUGGAAUUAAAGCAGUAGUGUGACCAUUAACCACUGGGUGGAUGACAUUUACUGAAGUGUUUGCAAAUUUAUAUAAUUUUUUUUUUUUUUUUGUAUGUUGCCAACUUUAGUUAAAUAGACACCAUUUAUUGCCCAUCUAAAUAGUUGCAUGUUUGUUGCACUAGUCUUGCUUCCUGGUGGCAUGAGAUCAGCAAUAACAACUAUUGAUCACUGAUUCAGGACUUCCCUGCCAUGUGUGUUUCUUUUAUUGCCAAAGCAUAGACCCUGAAACAAGCAUGUUAACUUUUUACUGUACAGUUGUAUUAAAGGUUCUUAAGAAAAAUAAAAUCCA